AUGAAGAUCACAAGAUAUGAUUAUCAUGGAGGAGUUGUCAUUGAGAAAGGAAGAAGAGAAUAUUGGAGAAUUGUCAAUAACAAAGUCAGAAUUUGGGAUAGAAGUGGAAAGAUAGAAGAGUUAUCAGGAAAUGAAAUUCAUAAAAUUGGAAUAAGUCGAAGUAAUGAAAAGAAAAUUAUAUUGUUAACAUCAUGUGGAUUACGAGAGAUUGAGUGCAAAAAUAAACUAGACAGAGAUUUAUGGCUAUCAACAAUUGAAACCAUUCGAGUAUUGUGUAUUCAAUCUAAUGAAAAACAUCUUUCAAAUGACCCUACAACAAAAACAGAAAGUACAUUACAACAAAAACAAAAUGAAGAAAUACCACCAGUUAAUGUCAAUGAAGAAAAGAUAGAAGGAUAUACUACAAAAUUAUUAAUUGAUAUAGAAAAUGACGAAAUGACUGAUGUACUAACACUUAUUGAAGAUGAAGAAAAGAAGAAACAAACAGAAGAGGAAACUGAUAAGGAUGAAAAAAAGAUUAAAGAGAUUGUGCUUCAACGAAAACAACAAAGAGAAGAAGAAAUGAGAAAAUGGAAAGAGCUUCAACAACACUCCGAAAAUAUAGAUGUUACAAAACCAUCAAAUGACAAUGAAGCAACAACUGAAGUAGUAAAAAAUGAAGUAGUUGAUGAUGUUUUAAAGAAGGCAAUUGAUUUAGCGUCUGAAAUUAUUGGAGAAAAUGAGGAUAUUGAGAAAUUGAAAGUCGUAGAAGAAGAUAAACAAGAAACUAAUUCUCAAAUUAAUACCGAAACAAAAGACAAACAAAUUCAUGGUAAGAACCAACCAUUAAAGAGGAAAUAG